AUGUCAGCUUCCUUGCGAUGCUGUCUUGGCCGGACAGAACGGCAGCUUAUUGGUAAAAUACCGUGGCAGAAGCAUCAGCCAGCGCAGUUCUCCCGGACAGCAGCUACAGCAGCAACACAGAGACAAACACUACGCAUUGGGAAUAUUCAAUGGAAUAUACUGGGCUCUGCUACUGUACUGACCCCAAACCCAUCAACAGUGCUUCCCACGUUCAGCUCCCAACUACACCCUGACAGCCAUGUUCCUCUCCUCCUCGUUACGCCGGCAUUUGCUCAAUGGCUAGAAAAAGAUCAUGUUUUCCUUCCGAAGUUAUUACAGCAUUGCUUUCGAGAAGCAAUCUCUGCUGAAAAUCUUGAGAUAUGCUCCGUGGAAGCAGUGGUUGAUAAGCUGCCUGUGUCUGGUGAUGUUACAAACAACGGCGCAGAAGGGUUAUCACUGGCGAUUGUCAAUUGGGGCGCGAUAACAGGGAAACUUGUACCAAAGAGAGGUAUUGAAGAUAUCUCCCCUACCCACAUGGAGCCUAAGCUCUCAAUUGCUGUCCGAGACCCCUCGACUAGCACGGAACUCGAGGUUGGAAUGCCAAUGGCCAAUACGCUUUUCACCACUGGUAGGCCAUAUACCAUGUACGCGUCACGAUGGAAAUCUACAGAAUCAACCAACAAGAUCGCCAAGAUCACGGAUAGAUGUGACAUUAGAACCUGUAGGGUUGAGCUACGAACGAAACCCACGCUCACACUUCUUCACGCUCCGUUGCACCCUGUUACCGCACCAAGAACAGUGGCAGAAAGUAUGGGAAACAUACUCAAAACCGUGUCCAAUAAAAUAACCCUGGAGAAUGAUAUUCCAGCAUCGGCGGAGCUGGAAAAGGCAAUACCACAAUAUAUCAAGGACCACAAGCUUGAAAGCCAGAGACUAGCUGUUUGGGCAAUGGUGACACCAAAAAGCAUAGCAGAGGCUCACAUUGGAUCCUCUUCCGGCGGUGGUAUCGAUAUAUCAUCUGCCUUGAAAAAAGGAUCACGACUUUACCGAGUAAUGAGCGGUGGUGGAGGAUGGGGAAAGAAGAAAGGCCUGCUCUCCCUUGAUCCCGAGUACUCAUACGAUGACGAAGAACCGAUAUCCAACCUCGUCUCAAUACAUGAGAUAUUCGAUGAAGAUGUUUCUGAAAAACAUAGCGAUGAUGCCAUCCUGUUCAGCAUACUGGAUAGUACUUCCAAGUUCACAGACGUUGAUGGACUGAUGAUGAGUCCCUUACGCGAGGUUGUGACAGCCGGUGACAUCGUGCAAUUCUUUGUCGCUUCGUUGGACAAUACCUUGGACAAAAAAUCUACGCGUUUGGAGAUUUUGGCGAUGCAUAAAGGCGCUACGAAAGGAAAGACUGUGUUGGAUUUCUCCGUUCUGCCUGCUCUGACCGAUGCUCCUGUGUCUUUGCCUAAUAAGGUUCUGCAUGGCGAAACCAAUCAGCCGGAGCAAGUUAUUGUACAAGCUAACAAAUUUGGAGCUUGUUCUGAGAAGUCCAUGAUCUACUCGAGGGUUGCAGGUGAAUGCGACGAUUUCACUGAAGAGGCAGUCCUAGCCUCAGGCACCAAGAUUGACAUUCCUGGAGCACGAAUAGUAGUCGAAAUACCGACUGAAGAGCCGUCUUUUUUUAGAAUGUAA